CAAGAUAACAAGCCCGAAACUAUUGGCUUAACAAGUUAUCUAACACGGACGAGGACUAUAGCAUUUUCAGCGAGCGUCGGACCAAAUAUCAAUGAUGAAUUGCAGUGCCUCGUCUGUGGUAUUUGUAAUUGUCCAUUUUAUCUUCCUGAGCAAAGAAAGUCAAGCAACUUUUAAGUCCAGUGAGCAACAGCUCUUGAAAAUCAUCUUUGACAACUAUAAUAAGAAAGUUAGGCCAGUUUUCAAUGACACUCUACUCGUACUGGUCGAGUUUGGAAUGGAGUUAAGAAAGAUUAUGAAAAUUGAUAGCAAAGCUCAAGAGCUGACAGUAGGAGUCACAGUGACGCAAAGAUGGAGAAAUGUCUUUCUUGCUUGGGACAGAGUAGGCAACGGGAACAUCGAAACGAUAACAGUUUCAGCCAAUGAAAUAUGGACACCAGACAUUGGGCUGAUAAACAAUGCUGACUUGUCGACUUCUGUGGCUGGAGGAAAGAUUAAGUUUCAGACCGAUGUAAUCGUGAGUAAUGAUGGUGAUUGUUUCUGGAAAUCACCUGCAACAUUUACUAGUUAUUGCGACAUUGAUGUCCAAUACUGGCCCUUCGACACUCAGAAAUGUGAGAUGUCUUUUGGAUCUUAUACUCUGCCCAGCAGUAAAUUAAAGUUGAUAUUGUUUAAUCAAACAAACACCAAAGCAAAUCGCUUCAAAGCAAGUGGAGACUGGACUGUAAAUAGGAUUAAGGUUGAAAGAAAAAGAGAAACAAGUGCUAAUAUGGAAUUCGGGAUUGCGGAAUUUGAACUUGAGCUUGAAAGAAAACCUAUGUAUUUCAUACUUAACCUAAUUAUUCCUAGUGUCGUCUUAUGUGUGCUAUCCUUACUCAGUUUCGCCAUUCCCAGUGAAAGUGGAGAAAGAAUUGGUUUUAUAACAACACUUCUUCUUGCCAUGACAGUCUAUCUCUUGCUAAUCUCUGAAGUGCUUCCCGAGACCUCCAACCAGUUGCCAAUCACUGGAUUGCUGUUUGUCCUUACGAUUAUCGAGAGCGCUGUCAUCCUUGUCGUGACCAUUGUAGUGUUGCGGUGUUUUCAUGGCACAGGAAAGCCUUAUGGCUGGCUCCAGUGGCUAUAUCGAAGAUGCUGCUGUUGUUGCUGUAAGAAAUCAAUCAUCAGGAUCACUCCUUCACCGUUAAAUAUCAAGGAGGUUGAGCUGCACAGUGUUGUUAACGCUGCUGAAUUGCCUGAAAAUCCUUCUAUUCAAGUAGCAGACGAAGAUGACAUUGAUCCAUCCUGGCAAGACAUCGCAGGGUUUUUGAACUCCAUCUUUUUUGUCUUAUGUUUCUUGAUGGUUACUUGUACCUAUCUCGCUAUUCUACUGUAUGCCAUUUUGAAAUGACUUCUUCAGUAACCAAGUAAAAACCCUAGAAAUAGCCGACUUGCGAAU